ACUAAUUGAUUUUUAUUUACGCGGCGCUUUAACGUCAACAACAGCGCGGGCUCCUCACUAACCCCACGAAAUAUGGAUCCAUAUACCCUGUCAAGCCUCGGCAGCUGGUCUUGUGUAGUCCUGGUACCGACCUCUGGAACUCGGUCAUCGGAGAGAUAACCCACACAAAUAGGAGCCACUGAUAGUUAAAAAGCCGCAGGUCUCGUGAUGGCUGCGAUUCUCGAGUACAAAAGUCUGUUGGAUCCCUUAGCAAACCCGUCUCGAAAGUUACGAGCACGCAUCGACCUAUACAAUCAUGUCACCACAGUUUGUGUCCCCUGAGGGCUCAGCGUCACCUGUUAGCCAAGGGUCUUCUAUCUCGAAACCCACCAAAUUCGAUGUAUCUCACAUCUUACGCGUCGAAAUCCUUCCCGGAGAUUUUGCUUCACGAGCAGUAUCGAAGGUCACCCUUCCAGCUGGAGCUCUCUUUACGCCAAUUAAAGGCAUCACACCUGCAACCCCAAGCUAUUUGACUGUCCAGACCGGCCCGACAUCGCAUAUCAGUCUCAACUCCGAUCUUCAGUACAUCAACCACUCUUGCAGACCAACUGUUGAGUUCGACAUGGCAAAAAACGAAAUCAGGGUUGCUCGGGACCUCAAAGGAGGGCUCAAAGAAGGGGAUGAAUUGUCAUUCUUUUAUCCUAGUUCCGAAUGGAACAUGGAUCAGCCAUUCCAAUGUCGGUGCAAGGACGUGCAAUGCCUUGGGAGCAUUCAGGGCGCCAAGUAUCUUGGUGAAAAUGAUAUGAAGCGAUUCUGGUUCAACGACCACAUCCUCAAAAUGAAAGAGAGGGGCUGUUAGAUCAGUGAUGGACAAAGCCUGCAAUUUCUACCCAAAGACUCCAUUGGUAUGCGGCUUCAGGUCCAACGGGACAUGUCGUGUAUGCGAAGAAGAUGUGAGACAGUGAGAUGGACACAAGCAGGAUUCAUUGCGCUCUUGGAUGACGCAACGGUAUCCUCCCGACAUUCAACAUCGCGACGUCGGCUAUGAGCAUCCCUUCAUCAGCAUAGAGGACACAAGGGCUAAAUCACUGUAGGUGUAAGGGGAAUUCCACAUGGGGUUAAUCAGAUGUAAAAAUUUUACGCCAGCUAGUUUGGAACUACACACCGCACGUGAAACAUAGCUUGGCUUUGG